AUGAUCACGUGUCCGGUUGCAGGAGUCCCCAUCAGCAGCCUUCGGGAGAUCACGCUGCUCCUUCGCCUCCGCCAUCCAAAUAUCGUGGAGCUGAAGGAGGUGGUGGUGGGGAACCACCUGGAGAGCAUCUUCCUGGUGAUGGGCUACUGUGAGCAGGACCUGGCCAGCCUUCUGGAGAACAUGCCAACGCCCUUCUCGGAGGCCCAGGUCAAGUGCAUCGUGCUGCAGGUGCUGCGGGGUCUCCAGUACCUACACCAGAACUUCAUCAUCCACAGGGACCUGAAGGUUUCCAACUUGCUCAUGACCGAUAAGGGCUGCGUGAAGACAGCGGAUUUCGGCCUGGCCCGGGCCUAUGGCAUCCCCGUGAAGCCAAUGACGCCCAAGGUGGUCACUCUGUGGUACCGAGCCCCGGAGCUGCUGCUGGGCACCACCACGCAGACCACCAGCAUCGACAUGUGGGCCAUGGGCUGCGUCCUGGCCGAGCUGCUGGCCCACAAGCCCCUUCUCCCGGGCACAUCUGAGAUCCACCAGGUGGACCUGAUCGUACAGCUGCUGGGGACACCCAGUGAGAACAUCUGGCCGGGCUUCUCCCGGCUGCCGCUGGUCAGCCAGUACAGCCUGCGGAAGCAGCCCUACAACAACCUGAAGCACCGGUUCCCGUGGCUCUCAGAGGCCGGCCUGCGCCUGCUGAACCUGCUCUUCAUGUACGACCCUAAGAAAAGGGCGACGGCCGGGGACUGCCUGGAGAGCUCCUACUUCAAGGGGAAGCCCCUGCGUGAGUCCCCCAAGACACCUAAGCUCCAUCUGCAGAAGCUCUUGGCUGGGGGGCUUUUUUCUCUCGGGGGGGGGGGGGGCGCUUGCUUGGACGGCCUCCAAAAUUCUUUCAAGCCCCCGCCCCAUGAUUACCCUUCCACGCAGCACGCGCGGACGUGCGUCUGA